ACCUUUAAGAUAAAUUGCAAGUUCCCAUAAAAAAAUGUCGGGAAGGUCAGGAUAUUCGAAUUAUGAGGGGAACUGGGACAAACCGAUUUUUCAAGACCGACGGACGCAUUUCAUGAACAUCAGUGACUCAAUCGCUCAACGGCUACAAACAGGCACCGUGGAUGACGAGCGGCUGAAAAAUCAUGACCUGAAUUGGAUUGAAAAGUUAGCAGAAAUUGACCAGAAACACACGGUUGAAAAAAAUCUUGACAUGGAGGAAAUUGAACGACGUAUCCAGUCUCUUGAAGCUUACACUACUGGGGGCAUUGUUACAACUUGCCCUGCUGAUAAGAGAAAGAUUAUCGAGUGCUACACGCAACUGAAGGGCGACACAUUAAAGUGUGAAUCACUAGUGAAAGAUUUCAUAGGAUGCAUCGACGAUUUGUUGUACAAAGCGACGCGCAUUGAUGAAAGAUCUUCAAUAAACGUUACCUGUCCCCGAAAAAUGACCUACAGGGAAAAAUUCGAGAAAAGCUGUCUAAACAAAUAAGAAAUUGUAAAGAAAGAUCAAAUUAAAUGUACCAGUAUAAGUUAUGAUAAUUUUUUUUAAAUGAGAAGCUCCACCUGGUAUCAACACCUUCAAAAUAUAUUUAAAAUUAUUUACAUGAAUAAAAGUAC